AUGAUCAUAUUACAAUCAGAAACAAAUGGACUUGAAUCAGAAAAUAAUCGUUUAACAUCAUCAUUAUCAUCAUCCUAUGAUGGAUCACCUUUAUAUUUAAGAGAUAAUUCCACGCAUUCAAUUUAUACUUUAGAUCAAAUAAAAGUAAUUCGUUCACAACUAUGUUCAAGAUAUGAUAAACAUCUACAGCAACACAAUCAUAUUUUAACAAUAAAUAAUAAAUUUGGAAAUUCAAGUAAAACAUCAUUUAAUAGUCAAAGUACUAGAAAAGAAAUUGCUAUUCAUCUAAAUAAAAAUAAUAUGGAAACAAGAUCUACUAAACGUGAAAGAAAUGGUACUUAG